UGCCAGAACCCAAAGCCCGGGUCCCCAGAAUGCUCCUCUUGCUGACCGCACUUCAGAUCUGGGCUCUAGCCGGGGUCCAGAGCCAAGAGGAUGAGAACAAAAUAAUUGGUGGCUACUCCUGCAUCCAGCACUCCCAGCCAUGGCAGGCAGCCCUGCUGGCCGGCCCCGCCCGCCGCUUGCAUUGCGGAGGGGCCCUGCUGUCAGAACACUGGGCCAUCACCGCCGCCCACUGCUCCCGCCCGAUCCUGCGGGUCGCUCUGGGCAAGCACAACCUGAAGAAGCGGGAGGCCACCCAGCAGGUGCUGCGCGUGGCCCGCCAGGUGCCCCAUCCCCAGUACAACGCCCGGACCCACGACAACGACCUGAUGCUGCUGCGGCUGGAGCAUCCGGCCAGCCCCAUCGCCAGGUACCCCAACUCUCUGCAGUGCGUGAACAUCAGCAUCACCUCCCGUCAGCAAUGUCAGCAGGCCUACUCCGGCGCCAUCACCAACGGCAUGGUCUGCGCGGGAACCCCGGAAGGCGGGAAGGACUCUUGUCAGGGAGACUCCGGAGGACCCCUGGUGUGCCACGGGAAACUCCAGGGCCUGGUGUCCUGGGGGAUGGAGCGCUGUGCCCUGCCUGGCUACCCCGGAGUCUACACCAACCUCUGCAAGUACUACGACUGGAUCCAGCAAACAAUUCUGGGCGCGUGAUCACCAGUGUGAGGGAAUAUGGAUGCCCAUCUGCUGCCCAGACCUGCUCUCUCCACUCAAGAACAGUGGCUCGUCUCCCAGACCCAGGAGUCCAGG